AUGGCCAACACCAGCCCAACCAUAUCGUUGUAUCUAAACGGCAACCUUUCCUUCCAACUUGGCCACAAGGGCACCUCAGGCACCACACCUACUCUUCAGGUCCAGAUGCACGAUGCCUCGCAUGCUGCUACGCUAGUCAUCCCGGGUUAUCAAUCAUCGACCAAUACCUUCAACCCUCUCCUCGCCUUACAAGGAGGCCUUUUUGAUCUCUUCGACAUGGACACUGAUUCGCAAAUCUCGGUACCUUCUAGCGAUGAGGAACCUGGUAGACUAGUCGUCGAAGCUAGAGCGCGAAACCGAUGGUUUGAUCUCAAGAUCGACGUGUGUGAACACUUUUGGACACAACUUCUCACGCCGGGUCAUAGCUAUGAGAUACGCUGGCGGAAUGAUGGAAACUUCCCAUGGGCAUACCGCGGAGAUAGUCAUCAAGGGUCUCCCGAGCGUCUGCCAGUGCGACUCCUGCCACGACCUAUCAAGCUCAAUGUGUUUGACGAUGCUGCAUCACCACUGCAGCUUUCGAUCUUACUACAACCAACGGCAAAUACUUGCUAUCUAAGUGGCGAACCCCGCUUCGGUUUCAAACUCCAAGUCGUGUCGCAUGAUGAGAAGACCAUCACAGUGUGCCUGCACAAGACGCCACUCAGAGAGCUUCACGGAUUGGGGGAAAUCGCACACGUCGUUGAUGAGGACGGCGAAGAGGUAGAUUGGCCGUACGGUAUAGGUUGUUUCGAGGGCAGUGAUCCUUUCCCUUCAGACGAUAUGUUCGAGGAGCUUAAACCCAACGUGCCAUAUGAGAAGACGUUUUGGCUUGAAAAGUUGGAUAGAGAGACUUCAAAUGGAGGGGAGCUAGAGGAGCUAGAAAGCGGCCAAUCAUAUACUGGGAAAGUCAGCAAGACACUGCUCGGGGCUUUUUCGAAGUGGAGGCGAGGAACAAAGGACGAGCUGUUGGCGGGCGACGAGAAAGACAAGGAAGCAAGAUGGAGAGGGAGCAGUGAGCAGAUGCUUCUUGACAUCUCCGAUCCGUUCAAGUUCAAAGCGAUCUAG